UCCGCCCCGCACCGACGUCGGCGCGAAGCCCUCCCGGCGCCCGGGGGGAGGGAGAGAGGGAGAUCGCGUCGCGGGCGAGAGGGGGUGGAUGCUCGCAGAGGUGCGGCUCCGCAGGAGGGUCUCGGCUCUGGGCUGAGCCGCAGCGGGACGCGGAGUGUCUGGGUGUCCGAGCUGCGAGGGCCGUCCGGGAGCCGGCAGCCGUGGAGCGAGCAGAGGGCGCCGGGAGAGCGGCCGCAAAGGAUCAGCUACAACGUGCCUCUGCAGGAAGAUUCCACAAUGAAAAAAACAACCCACAGCUGCUUCUUACUGAUUAUCCUUCUUACUAGAAUCGUUCCAAGUCUUACUGCUACUGUAAAUUAUACUGAUCCUACAUUAGAGCCUGUAGUAACUGAAAAUUCAGUCAUACGACAGAAGAUAAUAGAUUCACAGUUCAAAUGCUAUGAGAGGAUGAACAGAGCUCCUCCAUAUAGGAAAAAAGGUCUGUUCUGCAACCGAACGUGGGAUGGCUGGCUGUGCUGGGAUGACACGCCUGCUGGCAGAAUCACUGCUCAGAACUGCCCAGAUUAUUUUCCAGACUUUGACCCAACUGAAAGAGCUUCAAAAUACUGUGAUGAAACUGGAAACUGGUUCCGCCAUCCUGAGAGCAACCGAACUUGGUCCAACUACACACUGUGCAACUCUUUCACUUCUGAAAAAUUGAAGAUGGCGUUCAUACUUUAUUAUAUGGCGAUCGUUGGCCAUGCUUUGUCUAUAACAUCCCUGUUGAUUUCCUUGGCAAUUUUCUUCUAUUUCAAGAGUCUCAGCUGUCAAAGGAUAACACUGCAUAAGAAUUUGUUUUUUUCUUACGUGCUGAACUCCAUGUUUACCAUUGCCCACCUCAUCAUCGUUGUGCCUAACCCAGGCCUCGUGAAAAGGGAUCCUGUAAGCUGCAAAGUGCUGCAGUUCUUCCAUCAGUACAUGCUGGGCUGUAACUACUUCUGGAUGCUGUGUGAAGGCAUUUACCUGCACACGCUGAUUGUGGUGGCUGUCUUUGCAGAGGAGCAACGCUUGCACUGGUACUACCUCUUGGGCUGGGGGUUCCCUUUACUGCCAGCAUCUAUUCAUGCAGUUGCGAGAGCCAAAUACUUCAAUGACAACUGCUGGAUGAGUGUUGACACUCACUUGCUUUAUAUUGUUCAUGGACCUGUAAUGGCAGCUUUAUUGGUCAAUUUUUUCUUUUUGCUUAACAUUGUUCGAGUUUUGGUGACAAAGCUAAGAGAUACCCACCGUGCUGAGUCCAACAUGUAUAUGAAAGCUGUCAGAGCCACAUUAAUCCUGGUGCCCUUACUAGGAAUUCAGUUUGUUAUUAUUCCCUGGAGACCAGAAAACCGUCUUGCUGGAGAAAUAUAUGAUUACAUCAUGCAUAUAUUAAUGCAUUACCAGGGCUUACUUGUGGCGACUAUAUUCUGCUUUUUCAAUGGUGAGGUACAAGGGGCUUUGAAGAGGCAGUGGACACAGUACAAAACCCAGUGGGGCCAAAGGCGUCGAGAGCACUGCUCCACCCGAUCUACCUCCUACACUGCAACAUCCAUCACAGAGGUCCCUGUCUACCUGUACCAUCAUGACUCCAACAACGAGCAGCUCAAUGGGAGAUAUGUAGAUGACUCUGAACUUGUUGCAUUGAAGUCUGGGGAGACAUCAGCCUAACUGAGUAGCAGCCAUUGCAAACACACCAUUUCAUGUCCUGCUUGUGAACAAAGAGAGGAAAAGAGCGGGGAAUCCAAGCAGAAGAGAGCAAGACUGGGUGACUGGACACAUGGCAUUCAAACCACAUCAGCCUCUGACAGCAAUGGCGCGGGUAAUCUGGCACAGAGGUAGGAAAUGCAGUUUAUACUUCUGAGCAUGGAUGUGCCCGCUCAUCCUUCCUACACCUCCCAUAUCAAGUGAUGAUCCAGCAGCAGCGGCAGUGCCAGGAGUGCACAGAAAAUAGGAAAGAAGGAACCGGUACCUAGCAACUGGAAAGAUUCUGCACUUUUUGCUGUCAGUACUUUUCUUUAACAGCAGAUUUUGAACUAUCGAAUUUCACAUGAUGUAAAUUGUUUGCGGUCCUUUACUUUUCCCCAUUUAAGGAACUUGAUGACUUCUGAAGAGAUUUUGCACACUGUGAGACAAAUCAAGCAGACGAACAGAAAAACUCAUUCCAGAGUACUCAUGUCUUGAUGAUCUCCAACAAAUACCCCAACGUAUCACUAUCCCAUUAGCAGAUGCAUAAAACAAAUGAUGGUAAAACCGUAGUUGUAUAUUGAGAUCUCAGACAUCCUCAGAGAAACCAGACAGCUCUCUCACAAGUCCUGAAGGCAUCUGAAAAGCAUUUCUUUUCAGCAAUACAGAUAGUUCAAGGGCAUUUAUAGGAAAAAUUGUCACCCAAUUACUCAACCCAGAAACUCAUCAUUAGGGCGUGAUUCUUUCAUUCUGAAUAAACUGUGAAAUUUGUUUCAAAAUUAUUAUUUUCUUUAAUAGCCACACUGAGAUGAAUGCUAAACUAGUGGUUGCCUCUAAUAACAUUAUGAUCAUAGCAGUGAAGGAUCCCAGGUAAGAAAUAAGGAGCUAAUGUCAUAGCACAGAGAACAUCUGUUCUUACAAUCUGUUUGCUGUUCUGAGUCCCUUACCACGGAAGGUGGCAGUUUCAUGUGUGAGUCUGUCACCAGGAAAACAAGAUGAAUGUGUAGUUUUGGGAGUAAUGAGCACCUUUUAUCACACAUUCAAAGCAUUGUUAGAGUCCCUGUAUGAUCACUGAGGCAGAAAUCGUGUGAGGGAGUGCAGAUUUGCAGUUAGAAGUUAUUGUACUGUCUCUACAGAAGUUUUGCAAAUCACAAAAGGAAAAGAACAGGUGAAUUUCCCACUGAAAGCUAAACAAAAAGAAUCUGCAAGCAGCAAGGAUGGUGCCAAGGAAGCUUAGCAAGGCUGUGACUCCUCCAGCAUUUUAUCCAUGCAGUGUUUAAUGAGUAUAAUACCAUUCCUUCUUGCAUCUUUGGCAAACUUUUCUUCAGAUCUCCUACUCCUCUGCCUUCUGUUUAGAUGUGCAUGAGAUGUUUAUUUCAAAGGAUAACAGCUUCAAGAUACUCUUCACAAUCUUUAGCUUUGAAAGAUGUUGGAGAGUUAUUGGUACUCCUUUGUUUUCCUUCCUGAUCAUUUGCAUCUGAUGUUUCCAGCCCAGACCUCUCUGGAAGAUGUAUGUUGCCUUGCAAGAGGCACAUGUGCAUCUCAGGUGUCUGAAUGCCAGCCCUGAGGUAGGUGUUGCAAAAAUGCCACCCUAUAUGGCCAGCAAACAGGACAAGGCAGCACACCAUCUCCUAAAUUGCAGUUGUAUUCACAUAGGAUUUCUUUCAUCAAUGUAGUAUUUCUUUUUUUCCUUCCCAUUCUUGCUGUGAUUCAAUCCAUAGUGCUCUUUCUGCUCAGCAUUGCCUAGGGUACUUAAAAUAUUAUGGAUUAGAAUGGUCUCAGUUCUGUAUCUUGUCAGAUAUAGUAAAGGGAGAAAAGCUGCAAUGAAGUGGCUGAGCUCAAUGUCAAUUCAUUUGUAGUUUUAGAGGUCUCAGACUUUCCCUCACUGGCCCAGCUAGACCCUUCUGUAUUCACCUGCAAAUUUUCAGUGUAGACCUGCUGAACGUAUCCACCUACAUGAGCUGCACAGAGCCUACAAGGAAUGAGUUUGAGGGGUAUUUCCAAGCUAUUGCUACGAACUGGAACUGCAUCCCGACACACAAAGGAGGAAAACUGGAGCUUCCUCUUCAAUGCUGCAGCCGCAGAACAAGAGCUUGGGAACAAGCAGUAUGUGCAGUUCAUCACAUGGUUGAUCUAAAGGAACAGCUGCAAGAAAAUACAGUCCUGUAUAUUCAUUCAAGCCACACUUAUUCUUCAGACUUAAGGAACACAAAGGCAAUUAUUUUUUCAAGCAGUAUUCCACGUAUUGCUGUUUCUGCUUAUACCAGUGAACAGUGAGAAGCAGAGAAUGUAGUCACAAAUGACUCUACUCCUGAAUGGUUUGAGGCACAGUGUCUUUCCCAGGAGAGUUCUAGAAGGCAGUGUUAGUGUCUGAAGGCAUAGAUGAGCUGAUCAUGUAAGAAAUGUACAUAACACAGAGAGUUUAAUAAUGAUUGUGUACACAAAAGUACAAGCUGUUUUACAGUCUGUUGUUCAUGUGGAUGUACAAAAUUGAAAUGCUUUCUCAUUAUACUGGUUGGGUUUUUGGUGAUUUGUUGUUUUUUGUUCAUUUACCAGACAUUUUUUUCUUGCUCUGUUCAGUAGAAUGCUCUGAAAUGCCAAUGUUAGGAUCUGGGUUUUGAGAUCUGCUUUUUACUCUCAAGGGGUGGACACACUGCAUGGUUAUGUCAGUCUUUCUGGCAGUGCUGGUUACAGUGGCACAACACUGAAGAUUUGGUAUCCCA